AUGCCAGGAAAUGGUGCAGGAGUGUUCUUUGUUGGUGAUCAGGAGACAAUCGAUGAAAUAGCCAAAGCUGCCAAUGAUAUCUGUCGUAAACAACAUGAUCGUAGAAAUAUUUACGACACUUUGAAGAACCAUUUUGCCAAUGAUCAACAAGCUGCCAAAGCAUUUGAAUAUGCAAAUGAGUGUUGGUUUUUUAAGAAAGGUCAUUGCGAGAGCGGAGAUGAAUGUCUUUUUCGCCAUACGCAAAAUGGUUCUGUUGUAAAUCAUCCCAUGUUGAACAGAGAGCAAAGGGACAAAUUUUAUUCUUCAAUACAAGUGACAGAUUCAGUCAUGGCACAUUUAGAGUUCAUUCACAUCAAAUCCGUUCAUAUGGGAGUUCCACCUGCAGAGGUAAUGAUUGAUCAAGAAACACGCAAUUAUAUCUUUCAACAACAAGAACGAUAUUUGAGAGAGACUGUUUUUGCCAAAUAUUUGAAGGAGAAGAUUGGUGUUGGAGAUGUUAUUGAAAAAGUUUAUCCUCAUUAUUCGAAAAGAGCGAGUUUAGUAAAUAUGCAUUAUUUGAUUGGUGUGGAACCGUUGAGCAUUAAUUCAUGUCUCUCUGGUUAUAGAAACUGUGCGAACAUUAGUAUGACCAAUGGUGGACUUGAAGGAAGUUCCAUUGACACUGCCAAAAAGGAAAGUAAGGAAGAAUUUCAUAUCGAUGUGGAUGAAAUGUUUAGCAACAAACAAUAUCGAGACUUGUUGAAGGAAAAAGAUAUUGGAUUUGAGGAAAAUAUUAAGGUGAACUCUAGCGAAACACAUAUUUUCAUUUGUUUAUGUUUGAAAGAUUAUAUUGAGGUCUGUCAAGAGGAGGAUGUGGUUAUCCUUAAAUGGAAAGAAAAAGGUAGACCAGAAGAAAAGGAGGAGGAUGUUGCUUCUCUUACCUCCAAAUUUGAUUCCUGUUUAAACGUAACCCAACAACAACAAUAG